UUUACUUUGUUAUUUACUUUCUCAGAUAAUGUGUGAAUCUGAGGAUUUUAGAACAGACAUUAACUAACAGAUGGACAAGCACCACAAAUAACUGGAGUGGGAAGGAAGAAAGAAAGGAAGGAAUGGAAAAUAAUACAGAGGGCUAAAAAAAAAAAAAAAAGUGUUUGGACUGGCAGGAGAUAAAGACACCGACAAUACCAGUGAGCCACAUGGAAACACUCUUGGUGGAAAGCUGGAAACGAAAAGAGAAAAAUAGUUAAAGGAUACAGAGGAAGGAAGAUCAUGGUGUAAAGAACUAAGAAGCGAUGCAAAACUACAGAAGGCAAAGAACAUACCCAGCCACUAAAACCCUGAAGUCUUAUUAUCACAUUCAGCCAAGGAACAAGUUGGGGUUAUCUGAAGACAUAUAAGUGCCUGGCAGUGUUAACUCAUUCUUCGGUUCAGGAGUGGUAUUUUCAACCCCAGGGCUGACAGAUGUUAAAGGUCUGUGCCGCUGCUGGGCCCAUGGGUGUCAGGGGAGCCGCCCCCUGCAGCCCCCCGCUGUGUGAGGAAGCAAAGGCCAGAAGGAUAAAGUAAUGUGCAUCAAGUUAGGAAGCGUGACCAGUGUUAGGCGAGACAGUCACGGGGUGUUAACUGCGCCACACGCCUGCUUCCUAUCCUCCUCUAUUAACACAUGCCGGCGGCCAGCAGCAGAUCGGUGCCGCAGCCUCGUCCAGCCUCGCGCAGCCUCUCACGUUGGCCCAGCGUCUUCAGAUCCUGCUUCAGAUGAGCUCUGUCCGAGACGAGGAGUAAUGCACCACUUGAUGUAGCAACGGCGAGAUGAGCAGCUGUUUUCUCUUACAGAGGAGCAGCAGAGGGCGAUGUUGACCAUGACAGUGAUGCAGCAUGAGAGGGAAGCAGUAGGAGGAUUCAGUAAGGAGGUGGUUGAGGAUAAAGGGGAUGUGUUGUCAAGUCUUCGCCAUCUGCAUCGCACCCUGCAGGAGUGCCACUGGAGAGUGCAGUCGGUCGACCACGCUCUCUGUACUCAAGGUAACAACAAAAGUCUUGAUCAUCUCCAGAAUCAAAAUGGAAAUGAUCACAGUUUUCAGUUUCCAGUUGGUAAAGAUCAUAGUCUCCAGAACCAACCUGGAGAAAGUCAUAACCUGCAGCUGCAGAAUGAAACUGUGAAAGAAUACAGCUUAAAGAAUGAAGCUGGAAAAAAUGACAACUUUCAGAAUGAAGCUGGAAAGAAACAGAAUCUUGAGGAUCAGUCCAGAGAAAUUAUUGAACAGAAUAAAGAUAAUGAUGCUCAAGAUAACCCCGAAGAUCAUAAUCACCAAAAUGAAAUUAAAGAAGAAUUAAAACCUGAAAAUCUAUCACGGCAAGACACCUUCCACAAAGAAUUACCUCAAGAAAAAAAAUCCCAACAAGAUAUAAAACAUGAGGAUGAAAGCUUUCCACUGCAAGAUGAAGGUAAUAAUCUCCUUGAUCUAUUCAAUGAUUCGAAGGAAAACCUUCCAACCCAACCUACAAAAGACAUUGAUCUCCAGAAAGCCUCGAAAGAAUGUACUGUGCUCCCUUAUUCGAGACCUGACCACCACAUUCACACCCAAGGCAAGAAGGAAACAACCCUCAUGAACAAUACUCAGAGUACUUGUGACCUUGAUUACACAAUCUCUCCUCAUAAACAACAGUUAAGAGGCUCAAUUAGGCAGGGGAUGCUGGAUGGUGAUCUAGCUACUGUAGACUACAUUGGAGCUACAAUGGAGCUUCAGCAUAAUUAUACAGACCUCAGUGUAAGUAAGACAUGUUCAGUACCAUACAUCACAACUGAUGACAUCCAUCACCAACUCGUUGAUCAACAUUUGAAGUGUUCAGAUAAAGUUGCUAAAGAAGUUAAUACAGAAAACUGCAGUCAAUUGAGCGAGAUCAGAUGUAGGGCUGAUCAUAGAGAAAAAUCUUCGAAAAAUGAAUUUUUUCAUGAAAGAGAAAUAGACUUAUUCAAAAAUCAAAAGACAAGUGACUCAGCUUUCGAAGACCAGAAGAAAGACAAGGUUAUAGAUGGUAAAAGAAAUUUGGGUAAAGUUGCUCUUGUUGAUACUUUUCCAGAUGUAACCCAGAAAAUGGAUAUUAUUUGGGAGGCGCUUGAAAAGCUUCGAUCACACUUCCUUGCCUUGCAUUCUUCUAUUGUGGACUCCUCUAGCCACUGCCUUUAUCAGGAGCUUGACAAGUCACUUGAUAAAUCUGAUUUUACUUUAUUGAGAGCAAACAAAGUUGCAGAGCCCACUGACCUGGCUGAAGAACAUCAUGCCAGGUGUGAGGAUGAGGCUGGGAUGUUGCAUCAGACAACCGGUGAAGCAACACAGCCAUGUCAGUCCUUUUGUAAGCAAUCUUCUCACAAAGAAACACUGUCGAGAAAACUAUCUCAACCUGCCUGUCAUGCAUUGUCAAAAAACUGUACCAGAUCAUGUACAUUCCAACAUCCAGUCAAUGAAGCAUUAGCGAGUGAUAGCACAGCAUGUAGAGGAAUCUUAUUCCGAGGGUGGCGAGAGGGCUGUCUUUGCAUAGGGCUGGUGCUCCUCCUGCUGUUGCUGCUUCUGUUUCUUGCCAGCUGCCUCCUGUUGAUGCUACCUAUUGUGAGUGUCUCUGUUAGGAAUGCAGGUGGUCUUCCUGCUUUCUAGCCCUAAUUCUCUCCUUUGUUUCCUCAUAUUGCUUUCUGUAAUCUCUCUCUUUCUGACUGCAGUUUUCUGGACUUACUUCCAUAACAAUAUUAUCUGAACACCUCUAAUGCUGAAGUGUAAACAAAUAUAUUCAGAUCACCAAUUUUUUUCCUCAUUUAUGUUGUAGAACAAAAAAUGGUGCAACAUGAUUAAUUAAUUUAGAAACAAACUUGACCACCACUUCCUCCACCUUGGCAUUCGCUAAAGUAGAAAUGCCUUGGUAGCUAUUUGAUGAUUUGAUUUGAGUUUAAAACAGACCAUCCAGUCUGGGUCUGUGGGGUCUGAACAUCUAUGUAAAUUCUCUCUCUCUCUCUCUCUCUCUCUCUCUCUCUCUCUCUCUCUCUCUCUCUCUCUCUCUCUCUCUCUCUCUCUCUCUCUCUCUCUCUCUCUCUCUCUCUCUCUCUCUCUCUCUCUCUCUCUCUCUCUUUUUCAAGGUCACAAUUGGGCCGCCGAGUGACUCACACAAGUAGCAUCCCUUCCAAGUAGGUUAAGGAACCCUAAAUAGUAGACGAAGAUCCCUAGCAAGGAUGAGCCUGCCAAGGGAGACUACGCAACAAAUGAUGAAUCUCAGACUGGGUUGUGGUGAGCCUUGAUAAGUAGCCCAGAUAAUCUUCCCACUAGCAAUGCCUCCUUGGUAAUGUGAUUUUGUAGACCUCAUGCGGAGUCUCUCGGGAUAACUGUGAUGAAUGUGAUGAAUUUUGUACGUACUUAUGCCUGUCAUCAUUCCUGUUUGUAGUGUGUAAAUAUCCAUACUAUAGUACUACUUGUAAGGUACCUAAAUAAUGUUCAAAAUAGGAUCAUUUAUUUCGUUGCCAUACUUCUUUUGUACUGAUUUUUACUAACUACUUAGUUUUAUUUAUUUUUUUCUUAUUGAAGGUUUACAUAGUUGUUUUUAGAUUCAUAUUUGGUUGACAAGAAGGGAAAUGCAAAUGGGUUCAGAUAUUUUAACUUUUUUUAUAUUACACUGUUCUAGUCUCAAAGGUUUGUGUUCACCUGCAAUAUUCAGUUUACUCUUGUAUGAUUCUGUUUCACAAAAUGCACACACAGAGCAUUUUAAUGAUUAUAGUACACUAUGAUUUUUAUUUUUGUAUGUUUAUAAGUAAAGGUUUAAUAUGAUUCUCUCUCUCUCUCUCUCUCUCUCUCUCUCUCUCUCUCUCUCUCUCUCUCUCUCUCUCUCUCUCUCUCUCUCUCUCUCUCUAACACACUAA